UCGACGAACAAAUGAAAUACGGCAACGUCACGUACGUUUAGUGAGUAGGGGAGAUUACACAGCUCAAUCUUUCGGCGUCUCCAAUAUUCGUAAAUUUUCUAAUUGUAAUUUUAAUUUGUGAUAAUUAUGGCAGACAAUAGGAGCCCGGAUGAUCUGUCGACCGCGAUCCUGCGCCGCAAGGACAGGCCAAACCGCCUGAUCGUCGAAGAAUCCACCAGCGAUGAUAACUCUGUCGUCUCCCUCUCACAGGCUAAAAUGGAGCAGCUCCAACUGUUCCGAGGAGACACCGUGCUCCUCAAAGGCAAGCGGCGCAAGGAGACCGUCUGCAUCGUGCUGUCGGACGAGAAUUGUCCCGACGAGAAGAUCCGCAUGAACCGCGUGGUCCGGAACAACUUGCGUGUGAGGCUGUCCGACGUGGUGUCUAUUGCGCCAUGCCCGUCUGUCAAGUACGGCAAGCGGGUGCACAUACUGCCUAUUGAUGACUCCGUCGAGGGAUUGACUGGAAAUCUCUUCGAGGUGUACCUGAAGCCGUACUUCAUGGAGGCGUACCGGCCCAUCCACCGCGACGACACUUUCAUGGUGCGCGGCGGCAUGCGCGCCGUCGAGUUCAAGGUCGUCGAGACGGACCCGUCGCCUUAUUGCAUCGUGGCUUCUGACACCGUCAUACAUUGCGAGGGCGAGCCUAUCAAGCGAGAGGAGGAAGAGGAGGCCCUCAACGCUGUUGGCUACGACGACAUCGGCGGCUGCCGCAAGCAGCUGGCCCAGAUCAAGGAGAUGGUGGAGUUGCCCCUGCGCCACCCCUCGCUGUUCAAGGCCAUCGGCGUCAAGCCCCCGCGCGGCAUCCUCAUGUACGGCCCGCCUGGUACUGGCAAGACGCUCAUCGCUCGCGCCGUGGCCAACGAGACUGGUGCUUUCUUCUUCCUGAUCAACGGUCCCGAGAUCAUGUCCAAGCUUGCCGGCGAGUCCGAAUCCAACCUACGCAAGGCCUUCGAAGAGGCCGACAAGAACUCGCCCGCUAUCAUCUUCAUUGAUGAGCUGGACGCCAUCGCGCCCAAGAGAGAGAAGACCCACGGAGAGGUGGAGCGCAGGAUUGUGAGUCAGCUGCUCACACUUAUGGACGGUAUGAAGAAGUCGUCCCACGUGAUCGUAAUGGCCGCCACCAACCGUCCUAACUCGAUCGACGCGGCGCUGCGUCGCUUCGGGCGCUUCGACCGCGAGAUCGACAUCGGCAUCCCGGACGCCACCGGCCGGCUCGAGAUCCUGCGCAUUCACACCAAGAACAUGAAGCUGGGAGAUGAUGUCGAUCUAGAACAGAUCGCAGCCGAGUCCCACGGCCACGUCGGCGCUGACCUGGCGUCCCUGUGCUCCGAGGCCGCGCUGCAGCAGAUCCGUGAGAAGAUGGACCUCAUCGACCUCGAGGAUGACCAGAUCGACGCGGAGGUGCUCAACUCGCUCGCCGUCAGCAUGGACAACUUCCGGUACGCGAUGACCAAGUCAUCCCCGUCGGCGCUGCGCGAGACCGUGGUGGAGGUCCCGAACGUGUCGUGGACCGACAUCGGCGGCCUGCAGUCCGUCAAGCGCGAGCUGCAGGAGCUGGUGCAGUACCCCGUGGAGCACCCCGACAAGUUCCUCAAGUUCGGCAUGCAGCCCAGCCGUGGGGUGCUGUUCUACGGCCCGCCUGGAUGCGGUAAAACUUUACUGGCCAAGGCGAUCGCUAACGAAUGCCAGGCCAACUUCAUCUCAGUGAAAGGCCCGGAGCUGCUCACUAUGUGGUUCGGUGAAUCUGAAGCCAACGUGCGAGAUAUCUUUGACAAGGCCCGAUCAGCGUCGCCGUGUGUGCUGUUCUUCGACGAGCUGGACUCGAUCGCGAAGUCGCGCGGCGGCUCCGUGUCGGACGCCGGCGGCGCCGCCGACCGCGUCAUCAACCAGAUCCUCACCGAGAUGGACGGCAUGGGCGCCAAGAAGAACGUCUUCAUCAUCGGCGCGACGAAUCGUCCCGACAUCAUCGACCCGGCCAUCCUGCGGCCCGGCCGCCUCGACCAGCUCAUCUACAUCCCGCUGCCCGACGAGAAGUCGCGCGAGGCCAUCCUGCGCGCCAACCUGCGCAAGUCGCCCAUCGCCAGGGACGUCGACCUGCUCUACAUCGCCAAGGUGACGCAAGGCUUCAGCGGCGCUGACUUGACGGAGAUCUGCCAGCGCGCGUGCAAGCUGGCCAUCCGGCAAGCCAUCGAGACCGAGAUCACACGCGAACGCGCCCGGCAACAACAACAGGCCGGCAUGGACAUGGAUGAGGAGGACCCGGUGCCGGAGAUCUCCCGGGCGCACUUCGAGGAGGCGAUGAAGUUCGCGCGGCGCUCCGUGUCCGACAACGACAUCCGCAAGUACGAGCUGUUCGCGCAGACGCUGCAGCAGUCCCGGGGCUUCGGCACCAACUUCCGGUUCCCGAGCAGCGCGGGCGCGGGCGGCGGCACGGGCACGUCGGGUGGCGACCAGCCCACGUUCCAGGAGGAGGGGCAGGACGACGACCUCUACAGCUAAGCUACCGGCUGCUGCCCCGGGGCACUGCACGAGGUAAGUUCCGUGUUGUGCGGC